ACCCUUUACGACGUCGUACGCUCGCUCAGUGGGGUCGCCGUCACCAUGUACCGCGCUUUCUCCUCCCUGCGAGACUAUAUAUCGGGAACAUCCAAUCAGUCCGCGCGCCGGUCUGACUCUGGCUCAAUGAUUCGCAUCACUCGCAUGUCCACACCCCUGCCUCUCGACCUAGAUCAGACCAAACUCUAUCCCGUUGCUAAGGGUGAGAUAUUUAACGAGAAGUAUCGAGCUCUGAGGAUGUUGGGUCAUGGAACGCACUCCACGGUUUGGCUUGUUCGUGAUAUUAGAACAGAGCAAGAAUUCGCCAUGAAGGUCAUGGUAUCUUGGCUGUCCGACAAUAACAAGGGUCCUGAUGAACUUGGUGUCCUGCGCAUGCUCCAAAGUGGUCCAUCCAGCUCGCCCGGAAAGCCUCACGUCUGUCAAUUGCUCGACUCUUUUGUUCAUCACGGGCCGGCGACUGGCAAACACACCUGUCUCAUUCUUGAACCGCUUGGUUUGAGCGUUCUUGAUGUGUACCACAGCUUCCCUAGCUCCCUACCGUUGAUAUUAGUUCAACGCAUAGCAAAGCAGGUCCUCCAGGGCCUUCAAUACAUGCACGAGUGUGGCGUCAUCCAUACAGAUAUCAAGGGCGACAACAUACUAUUGACUGGGAUCGGGUUCGCAGAGGACCAGACUACGAAGGAUAUCGAGAUCAUGGAUCUUUUCAGCAUAACUUACAAGCUCACGGACUUCGGCUCAGCGAACACGACAUCCCGUCAAUGGGCCGCGGUGAUCCAACCCCUGGCUCUCCGAUCCCCCGAGGUUCUCAUCGGUGCACCAUGGGAUACCAAGACCGAUAUCUGGAACUUCGGAUGCCUCAUGUACGAAUUCGCGCGAGGCGCGAUUCUCUUUGAUCCUGCGUGGCAGAACGAAGAGACUGGCAUGGACCACACGCAAACACAUCUCUCACAAAUGGUCGGUCUGCUCGGCCCCUUCCCUCAGAGCUUUGUAGCCAAGGGUGUUGCUGCUAAGCAGUACUUCGAUGAAUCGGGUCACCUCCUCCGACCUUCUGCGUACGGGAUAACCCUCGAAGAUUUGCUUUCCCGGGCAGGCCAUCCAGCCGAAGAGCUACCACAGGUAGUCGACUUCCUUCUCCAUGCGUUGACCAUCGAUCCAGAAGAGCGGUGGUCGGCGGCACAGCUCCUUGCCCAUCCGUGGAUGCAGGAUGUUCUCUGACGCUGGGUCUGAUACAUUAUGUGCAUUGUGUAUACAACGACGUCCGGAUGCUGCAUAACAAUGCAGAUCGUUUACUUCUCGAGCCCCAAGCCAUGCGAUUGUCAUUUGAAGUCUUCCCGUGGUCGUGAACUCCUACAAGACUUACACGGAGUCAAUGCCAACGGUAUGCGUGCUCCCAUCAUGUGCUGCUAACCUAUGAUUUUGC